UAAGGCCGCGCCAGGUUUCUGCAUCGAUUGAGAUUCAACUGAAAAAAGGGGGGAAAAGGACAGUCACACACGAAUAACAGAAAAGUGUAUCCAAAUACAGAGAAAAACUCCUGGUGAAGCAGCUGAGGUCACACUUUUAUAAAGAUGGAGUUUAUUAAAGAGGAGAGUGAAGACGUGAAGAUUGAAGACACAUUCAGAAUCAAACAAGAAGACACUGAGGAACAAACAGACUCCAUGCUGCCAAAAGUGGAGAGUCAAGAAUGGAAUGAUUCAAAGGAAGAGAAAGAUCUGGUUGAGAAACAAAAUGAUUUCAUGAAUGGAGAAAGAUCUUUUAACUGCUUACAGACUUUCACACAGCAAAGUGCUCAAAAGAAUGGAACCAGUGUUUAUUUAACCUGCCUUCAAUGUGGAAAGAGUUUCACUGAAAAGGGAAACCUUAAUGUUCACAUGAGAAUUCACACUGGAGAAAAGCGUUUCAGCUGCCAACAUUGUGGAAAAGGUUUCAUUCAAAAAGAAAGUCUUAAAAGCCACAUGAGAAUUCACACCAGAGAGAAGCCGUACACCUGCCCUCAAUGUGGAAAGAGUUUUUCACAUAGAGGAACAAUUAAUGAGCAUAUGAGGAUUCACACUGGAGAGAAGCCGUUCUCAUGUGAUAAGUGUGAUAAGAGCUUCAGGCUUAAAGUAAAUCUUUCUGGCCACAUGAGGAUUCACUCAAGAGAGAACUGUUUUCUAUGUCAUCAGUGUGGAAGGAGCUUCACAGAUGAUAAACACCUUCAGAAUCAUGUAAUAACUCACAUCGGAGAGCAUCCUUUCAUGUGCCAUCACUGUGGAAAGACUUUAUCAAACAAUAGAAACCUUAAGAUUCACAUUAGAGUUCACACUGGGGAGAAACCUUUCACCUGCCUUCAGUGUGGAAAGAAUUUCACAGUUAAAGGAAACUUAAAGAGUCACAUGAGACUUCACACCGGAGAGAAGCCUUACACCUGUCAUCAGUGUGAGAAGAGAUUUGCAUAUCACACCGACUUCAAACGUCAUUUGCAAACUCAUUCUGGAAAGAAAUUGCAGGGUUCCUCAGUGUGACAAGGUUUAGAAAACUGGAAGUCCAUUUAAUUGUGAUCAGUGUUAUAUUUACAUUCACUCAUUUAGCAGACACUUUUAUCCAAAGCGUCUUACGAAUGAGGAUAAUAGAAGCAGUCAAAACUAACAAAAGAGCAACAAUAUAUAAGUGUAAAUUACUAGUCUUGGUUAGCCUAACGCAGUUCACGUAGGAAGGUAGGUAUAUGCACAUGAGCCUCUUUGAGAUAGCACAAUGAUAUGUCAAUCACUUGCAGAACACAAGCUUCUACAGGGCACAUAAGUCUGAAGUAAUGAAUUUAGGUAAAGGGGUGCAGAGCCAGUGCUGGUUCUGUAGGCGAACAUUAAUGCUUUGAAUUUUAUGCGAGCAGCUACUUGAAACCAGUGAAAAUUUAUAAUAAGUAAUAAAUUAAUGAACAGAAUUAAUGAAGUUUCUUCUGUCAUCACACUUAAAGAAACCUAAACCUCAAAAGUCAUGCAGAUGUGAGACAUUAAUUUUGUUCUUUGUGUAAAAAGAGUUUAACUGUACACACGAUUUAGCCUACUAUUUUAUUUCCCUGCAUGUUAUAUGUGGGGCUCCUUAGUGUUCUGUGCAGUAUUCGUUUUUUCUUUAGUUUCAUUUUGAUUAGUAUACGUAGUUCAUGUGUGACACCUUUUGGUGAAAAACGUUAUUACAGUACUCAAUAGAACGCAACAGGAAGCAUGUAAAACAAUAGAAGAAGAGUCGUUUUCUGUGAUCUCCGUUUUGGAUGCUGUCUAAAGGCCGUUUCAUAGUCAACGCGAGAAACGCGAGCAAGCAUCGCGAGCGACGCGCUCCCUUUCAUAGUCUAAACAGUGAAUGCAAGCGUCACGGGCGAUGCGUGUAUGCAAUACACCGC